GCAGAAUUCAUCAACCUUUGCCCUAAGAAGAAGCCCCAGAUGAAUCUGGGCUGAAAUCAGAGCAAGGACUAGAGAAAUAUUUCUCUGUUAAUGGAAAGAGGAAAGGAGAAGAGGGUUCCCCAAAAAUUGCAGCGGACUCUCCACCAUUCUAAAGAACCUACCUUCCUUGUCAACCAAGCUAUUCUAUCCAGUGACUCCUAUUCUACCCUUUUGCCACAAACAGAGCAUGUUAAUCCUGGUGAAAAAAUAAAGGCAAACCCCCAGAAAAAUAGGCCUGGAACUGUAAUACUCUCAAAACGGUCCAGUAAGAGAAUUAUGUCAGAAAGCCAGCCUGGCCCACCUGUGAUCCCAUCCCGCCGGCCUGGACUCCACAUAUGUUAUAUCUGUGGCCGAGAAUUCGGGUCCCAAUCACUUGCCAUCCACGAGCCUCAGUGCUUGGAGAAGUGGCGUAUUGAAAACAGCAAGCUGUCCAAACACCUGAGGAGGCCAGAACCCUCCAAACCACAGCCUCUCAGUGGCAAUGGGUCCUACAACCUUCAGGCAGUGAACGAGGCAGCGUUCCAGAGUUCUCAGGCUCAGCUGCUGCCCUGUGAAUCCUGCGGCCGCACAUUCUUGCCAGAUCGUCUUCUUGUUCACCAGAGAAGUUGCAAGCCAAAGGGUAAGGGGCCCACAGCACCAAACCCCAACAGUUCUAAUGAUCUUUCUGGUCUUAAGAAAGCUUCUGGUGGCAUCCCAGCUCGACCAAAGACUCUCAUCUGCUACAUUUGUGGUAGGGAAUUUGGCACCCUUUCCCUUCCUAUUCAUGAGCCCAAAUGCCUGGAAAAGUGGAAAAUAGAAAAUGACCGGCUCCCCAGGGAGCUCCGCCGGCCACUCCCACAGAAGUCUCAGCCCCCUAUUACCGGAGAGGGGCCAAGUCAAGCUCAGCUUGUGCCCUGCCCAAAUUGUGGCCGGACCUUUGCCCCCGACCGCCUUCUGGUACACCAGAGAAGUUGUAAAGCUCAACCAAGUGGGCCACAAGUUCAGAACUUGACCUUAGGGAGUAAAGGCGGCUUGAAAGAGUCCACUAAUUUCAAGCAGCAAAAGAACACUGCAGCACCCACUGUGAGUGAUCAGGUAAUUCAAGCCACAUGAGAUGCACUGGGUAGACCUGGGAGUGCAUUCUGCCUGCAGAGGCGUGAGAGAACACUGACCCAGGAUCAACUGCCUCAGCCCCU